UUGUAGCAUCGUUAGAAUAACACAUACUUUUCAUAAAUAUAAUUAGUAAGCUGUUGUGAAAUUUUAAGUAUUCCCGUGGUAUUUUGAGUGUCCGCUGCAAUUCCUACCUGACAACUCCUUUCUGUCUGUUAUGAGUAAAAGCAGGCGUUCUGUCAGUAACCGCUCUAUUCUAGUCAGAAACAAGAUGAAUAUCAUAUUGAAAACUACCAUCCUCCAGUUUCUUUUACUGACUGCAGACUGUCAAAUGGAAGACGAACCACAUUGCGAUUUUGAACAUAGGCCGCAAGAACUGAGAUUUGAUUUACAUGGGAAUCCUUACCAUGUGAAUGUAAGGACAAUGAUUUGCUCUAGUGGCUCUCUCAUUUAUGAAGGAUUCUUUGUCCAAUGGCGAGAUUCAAACUACGAUACAGAUAUAAUUUAUUUUGCGAAUAGCUACUUUCAUACAAUUCCAGCGUUGACGUUUCACGAGUUACCUGAUUUAAAACAAAUUUACUUAAACGAUACUAGUAUUACAACUUUAGAGGUAGGCUGCUUUCUAGGUGUAAAAGACCUCCAAAUAUUACGACUAGAUGGAAAUAACAUUGAAGAUAUAGAUAAAGGAAUUGUAAACAAUCUUCCAAGUUUAAUAACUUUACGUCUGUCGAACAAUCAGUUGCGCGCAAUUCAUAGUGGUUCCUUUAACGGCCUUAGAAAUCUGGAAGGACUCUUUUUAGAAGGCAACAAACUUCACUUCUUACCUGACGACUUAUUUUCACCUUUGAGCAAAAUUAAAACGAUUGAUCUUUCUAGAAAUUAUUUAGAAGCACUUAACUCUGAUAUAUUCUAUCAUUUAUCAGAGCUGGAGUAUCUAUAUGUAAAUAACAAUAGAUUAAAACAUCUUCCAUCAUACCUAUUUAAAGAUCUUCCAAAGCUCAUUUUACUUGACAUUUCUGAAAACUAUUUAGCAAAUAUUUCAUCUGAUUUAUUUCCUGGACUUGAUAGCUUAACUCACUUGAAUGUUUCUCAUAAUCAGCUUACCACAUUGAAGGCAAAUGAUGUUUACUUCCUUAGUAAUUUAAAAGAAUUAAAAUUAGCUUACAACAAUAUUAGUUUCUUAAAUCCAGAUGAAUUGGCAAUCUUUCUGCCAAAUUUAAAGGAAGUCUACGUAGAUGGAAAUAACUGGACAUGUGGCAUGCUGUUCAAUAUUAUUAAAACAUUCAGAAUGGCUGACGUUCAAAUUAAGCCAGGAAAACAAUACCAAGAAGGAAAUAUAAUUGGAAUAUCAUGCUCUGGUCCGUCCAUCAAUUCCUCUUUCGCAUCUUUUACAAAUGGAAACAAUGGACAAUCAACACAGGAAACUGACGAAAGUCGAUAUUUUCACUAUAAUCAUAUUCUAUUGGAAAUCGUCGGAAAAAUCUCAGACAAUAACAAUCUCAUGGAACAGUUGAUACACGCGAACCUUAACAGCUCUAAAAGCAUCCAAACCAUAUCCGAAAACGUACAGAAAAUUGCAAUAAACCCAAGAUCCUCGGUUACUUCCUAUUUACCAAACCAAAACAUGUCCCAAUCUGUAGAACGUACAAAUAAUCUUUUAGGAAAUAUACUAAGUGAAUUAAGAAUGGAAUGGAACAACAUCGUGAAUAUAAUCCAAACCUCGGCAAAUCGUUCAAAAGUAAAUGAUGAUCUUCCACGACUAAAUAGUGUAAAUCCACAGCUCCCUCUUGUUGAUCGAAAUGUUCCACCUUCAUCAUCAAAUUUGGAAAUGUUGAAGUUCAUGAACAACAUGAAAACAGAGUUAGAAAUAUCAAGAACUAUUUUAGAUAUCUUCAUGAAGAAUACGUCUCAAGCCAUUGCUUCAAUGCAAGCAAAGAUAAAUGAACCCGCUGUCACCCCCCAGAAUAAUAAAAAUAACCAAGUCAUUUCAGAACGUUUCCAAAGAAACCCUUCGGAAUCGAACACUGGAAAUGGAAACAUUGCUGUGAUUGUAUGCUUAUGUAUUGUCGUUAUAAUUCUGAUUAUGAUCUUAGUAAUAUCGUAUGUUCAUAACAAGAAAAGACCUUUUAUAGCUAAUGGCCUGAGACGUUACUCAUCCAAUAGGCCUCUGGGAAACAGAAGCGAUACGGAUCUUAUUGCCAAUAGCACGACAUUGUCAAACUCUGAAGUCUAAGAUUAAUGAAUUUAAAAACAUCUUUUUAAUGUAAAUCAAAGAAACAUAAGGGAAAAUAUUAUUUUUAAUUUUGUUUACGUAUUGUGUAAGUUCUAUACUAGGUAUACGUAUAAAAUUCAGUGGUGAAAA